AUGUCAGCCGUAGAUGCAUCUGUUGUCGAAAGACUGGAGACGUAUAGUGGGACCCCGCCGCCCUUCGGCCAUGCUAUGCACAAGUAUUUCGGGUUCGACCCUAAAUAUGUCAAUCUGAACCAUGGGUCCUAUGGAUCUCUCCCCCUUCCGGUAGCCGCCUACUGCGAAAAAAUCGGCCGUCAGAUCGAAGCGAGCCCUGAUAGGUUCAUGCGCGUCGAGCUUGCAUCGUAUAUGCGCCCGCUCAGGGCUCGCAUUGCCAAACUUGUUGGCGCCGAGAGGGACGAGAUCGUAUUGGUCCCAAAUGCGUCGCACGGCGUCAGCACCGUCCUCUGGAAUAUUGAAUGGCACGAGCAGGAUAUCCUCGUUGGCACCUCCACGACCUACAACGCGGUUGAAAGGAACAUCCGCUACCUGGGCGAUAUCCCUCCCCACCCCAGAGUCCGAGAAUUUCAACUCAACUGGCCUCUCACUCAUUCGGCGAUUGUGGACGCGUUCCGCGCGCACAUACAGGCCCUGAAGGCCACGCAGAACUACGAUGGCUCCGGACCGAAGCCAAAAAUCGUCGCAGUCAUAGACGGGAUCGUCUCCAAUCCUGGCGUUGCCUAUCCCUGGAAGGAGUUGACGAAAAUAUGUCAUGAGGAGGGCGUUUGGAGUGUCGUCGACGCAGCCCAUUGCAUUGGACAAGAGGUAGACAUCAACUUGAGCGAAGUCAAGCCGGAUUUCUGGGUUUCAAACUGCCACAAAUGGCUGUAUGCAAAGCGCGGCUGUGCCGUGCUGUAUGUCCCCAAGCGGAAUCAGCAUAUCAUCAAGUCUGCCUUUCCAACCCCGCAUGCUUAUGUCUCUCCUACCGACCCUCAGGGCGGCCCUGAAGCGCCCAAUUUUAUCGAACAAUUCGGUUGGACGGGAACGCGGGACUACGCCCCAUACCUCAGCGUCGACGAAGCCCUAAAUUUCCGUGAAUGGCUUGGCGGUGAGAGAAAGAUCAAUGAGUACUGUCACUCGCUAGCGCUCGAAGGCGGCAAACGCCUCGCGGAAGUCAUGGGCACGCGCGUGCUAGACGAGACGGGCGAGCUCACGCUGAACAUGACCAACGUGGAACUUCCGCUCUCCGCCAACGUGCCCAACGACGGCGCGGUCAACGUUUAUUUCCAGAAGAAGCUCCUCGUCGAGUGGAACACCUAUGCGGCCCACUUCUUCCACAAUGGAAAAUGGUACCUGCGCGCCAGCGCGCAGAUUUGGAACGAGAUCUCGGACUUUGACUACCUUGGAAAGGCAUUCAAGAGUGUAUGCGCAGAACUUGAAGCGAGCUAUGCGAAUGGUCCAGGAUUGAAGAACUGACAAUUUAACGGAAUCGAAGAGCGUAGUGUUAAUUGGAUUAAACUCACCGCAGAGAACUUAUCGGUGCUGUCUAUUCUUGCCAUUAUCUAUAUAUCUGUCUGAAGGUUACCAGUUACCUUUUGUUGCCCGCUUCGAUAGUCCCUGGUACAGAGCCUUCCGCGUGAGGGUUUUAAUAAAUCAGUGUUCCCAUGGUGCAUG